GUUGCGAGCGCAUUUCGUGCGUGUGGACGGCCAGAAAACCAAAAGACCAAAAGGAUGCCGGUACAUCGUGUUGCGUAAAACGCCCUGCAAGAACUACAAAGGAACUGGGAAUCCCUUUCACAUGAAAACAAUAUUCUUCUUGUGCUUUUUCUAAAUAGUGUGGAUUGAUGGCGUUGACAAAAUAGUCACGCUCCUGAAAAUCGGUUGAGAACUGAGCAAGUUACCGCUUCAUUUCCGUGUGCAUACAUCGCCUUCUUCAGGAACGUCGACCUUUCUAAAAUGGCCGCUGCGUAGCACUUUGAUUAGCAUGCCCCCAGGUUCCGACUGUUCAUAUCUACGGAGGCGGUGGCAAGGGCGGGCCGAUCGGGACGCUCUUCCUUUUACUUCCUGGUCAUAUUAGCGGCUACCGGCUAGGUGGCUAAGGGCAGCUUCUUUCCACAUUCUCCUCCAAAGCGCGGGAAGGGUGACUCGUUUAAACACGACAACUGGUGGUUUUGGACAUCUGAAAAUGGUGAAGCUAUCCGCGGAGUUAAUCGAGCAGGCUGCUCAAUACACCAACCCGGUCAGAGACCGAGAGCUCGACCUGAGAGGUUAUAAAAUUCCAGUUCUGGAAAAUCUGGGGGCCACUCUGGACCAGUUUGACACGGUGGACUUCUCGGAUAACGAAGUCCGCAAACUGGACGGCUUCCCGCUCCUCAAACGACUCAAGACGCUGCUGAUGAACAACAACAGGAUUUGUCGUAUCGGAGAGAACCUGGAGCAGAGUCUUCCCAGUCUCCGAGAACUCAUCCUGACCAACAACAACAUCCAGGAGCUGGGCGACUUGGAGCCGCUGGCGUCGGUGAAGACGUUGACGCUGCUCAGCUUGCUGAGGAAUCCCGUGACCAACAAGAAGCACUACAGGCUCUACGUCAUCAGCAAAAUCCCGCAGAUCCGCGUGCUGGACUUCCAGAAGGUGAAACUCAAGGAACGCCAGGAGGCGGAGAAAAUGUUUAAAGGCAAACGCGGCGCUCAGCUGGCGAAGGAUAUCGCCAAGCAGAGCAAAACGUUCACGCCCGGAAUGGCAGCGCAGCUGGAGAAGAAGAGGACGGGCCCGUCGCACGCCGACGUGCAAGCCAUCAAGAACGCCAUCGCUAAGGCGACGUCGCUGGCCGAGGUGGAGCGCUUGAAAGGAAUGCUGCAGGCCGGACACAUCCCGGGACGAGAGCUCGCCACAGAUGCCGCUGGCGAGGAGGAGGAGGAGGAAGAAGCGGCCCACGCAUCCCAGAUGGACACUCAGGUGGAAGAAGGCGAAGAAGACAUGGAACAAGAUCCUCACGUCAACGGAUCCUGAAGACUUUCACUUCCUUCCUUUUUUUUUUUUUUAUUUGUAAUUUUGAUUUUUAAGUCAAAUGACAUUAAAGGUCCCAUAUUUUGUCUA